GACGCGCUAGACAAACAGUCUGGUGGUGAUGUACGAUUUACCUGAGGAACUUCGUCGACAGAGAAAACGUUUAAAACGCUUUAGACUUUAUAGAUCUAAACAUCAGAGGACGGGAAAACUGCAAAAUAUACUUCAGCAUUUAGGCAAUUUUUAAGGGUAGAUAUGGAGGACUCACAAGACUCAGAAGAGGACAUGGGGAAUAUGGAGUGUGAACAGAUCAGACGAGACAAAGCAAUAUCUUCAGACCCCACCUGCACGCCUCCACAAACUAACCAGUCAAAUAAUCAACCAAAAGAGUUUAAAGACGGAGUUCCACAUAAAAGAAAGAAUAAAAGCAAUAUUAAAAGUUCCUCAGCGUGUGCUGCUCUCAGUGGAUUCAAUGAAAGUUUGAUGCAAAGAGCUGAGAACAUCCUAGAACAUCUAAAUAAACAGAUCAAGAAAUGUCAGGAUUGUAUGACAAGCCCAGAUAAUCUAAGUGUUGUUAUUUGGCUUCCUGCUUUGAAAGAUAAAUUAGUGGAUUUUUCAGAGCUUCUUCAGAAAUACAAAGCAGAUUAUCAGAGAGGUAUCACAGAGAUUGCUGAAGAUUCUGAAGUUAAAGAAGAGGAAGGAGAGAAGAAACUUCGACAUCUACUAGAGAGACAUGACCGAUCACCAUUCAGUGCAGAUAACAUAAACCAGUGGCUGGAGAAUAAAGAAACUGAACUGAAGAUUUUAAAUGAUUGUAAAGCUGCAGACAUCACUGUUGUGAAAUCUCAGUCAGAGUUACAUCAGAUCAUAAAUGACCCACAGAUAAACCGAGUGAUGUGUUUCACUCUUACCUCACCAGAUGAUGAAGAUUCAUUCCUCACUGCUCUGAAGCACCAUAUUGAAUCUGAUCACAUUACACCAACAUAUUCACUUCAGUCCAAACCUGUUAAAAUCAAUCAGAAAGUGCUCAUUGAUUUACGAUUGUAUAUUGCUGCUAAAGAGGCAAAUGAAGAUACAGAACAAACCAGAUUCAUUGCUGCAUCUGUACCAGAUGAUGAAUUUCCUAAAUUCACUGUGCAGUUUUAUUAUGCUGGGAUGAUUGUGAGCAGAAACAUGAAGUUUGGAGUGAAACCAGAUCUUGCUCAGAUAACUCAAAUAAAACACAACAGUGUGUCUGUGAAGUGGAGUCAUUUACAGAAAAAUAAAAGCAUUGAGAAGUAUGUGGUGGAGUACAGAGUUGAUGAUGAAGGACACAACACUUGGAAACAGAUGACUGUUAAUGCUCACACUUUUAUAGAAAAGUUUGUUUUAUCUGAUUUAGAACCAGACACAGGAUAUCAGCUCAGAUAUGCAGUUUGUGACAACAACAGUAUGAGCAACUUUAGCUGGAUUAUUCACUUUCAAACAUCUUCUGUAACGAGGCCAGGACGACCCUCUGUUACUCAACUGAGCAGAGAUACUCUCAAACUAACCUGGUUAAAAGCUGAAGCAGAUGAAGAUUGUCCAGUUCUGCAGUAUAUGGUUGAGUAUAGAGAAGCAGGACUGGAGGGCUGGUCAUCAGUAUAUACACAAGGAUCUGAGUGUGAAUGUACUUUAACUGUACCUCACAGCACCUGCUACAGAGUCAGAGUAUCUGCUGUCUAUGAGGACAUCACCAGCAAACCUAGUGAGGAAACAUCUGUACCUGUGGAUGUCUGGACUAUUGACCUCUUAAAGAGAAAGAGCUCCAUCCUCCUAGAAGUGUUGAAACUCCAAACAGAGAAGAAACCAGUAGAGCUGAUUGACUGGACAGAUAAUGAGAGUGAAGUGAGAGGAUUCAUCCAGUGUCUGCCAUACAUCUCACAACUGAGAUUUAUUAAACCACCAAAUGAAUCUUCUGAACUGUGGAAAGAAAGAAAGAGAUUAUUUGUACUGGAUUUAUGUCUUCAUGUUGCUGUCUGUCAGAAAGAGACCAUAGAGACAACUGUGAAGAUGCUGCUGUCAUCUGUGAAUUAUGAAGAAUGGCAUUUUCUGCUGGAUCUGUGCUCACAUGUGAAAGACUAUGAGAGUCAAACAGGCAGGAGUGUCCUACCAGCAUUACAGUCAAUUUAUCAGUCAACUCCUGAAGUCUGGGCCAUAAACCUCUCAGAGAGAAAGACCUCCAUCCUCCUAGAAGUGUUGAAACUCCAAACAGAGAAGAAACCAGUAGAGCUGAUAGACUGGACAGAUGAUGAGAGUGAAGUGAGAGGAUUCAUCCAGUGUCUGCCAUACAUCUCACAACUGAGAUUUAUUGUUUUCUCUAAAAAGAAAGAAUCACUUCAUUUUCUGGUGAAUCUGUUCACUGCAGCAUCAGAGUUUGACACAAAUACAGGAGAAAAAUACACUAAACUAUUAACAUCUGUGUGCUGCUACACAACUUUUCCUUAUGAUGUAGGCGAUUAUAAUGAUGAUUUGGAGUAUCAGACUGAACGAAGUAAUUUUCUGCUGGAUCUGUGCUCACAUGUGAAAGACUAUGAGAGCCAAACAGGCAGGAGUGUCCUACCAGCAUUACAGUCAAUUUAUCAGUCAUCUCCUGCAGUCUGGAUCAUAAACCUGUCGGAGACAAAGACCUCCAUCCUCCUAGAAGUGCUGAAACUCCAAACAGAGAAGAAACCAGUAGAGCUGAUAGACUGGACAGAUGAUAAGAAUGAAGUGAGAGGAUUCAUCCAGUGUCUGCCAUACAUCUCACAACUGAGAUUUACUUACUAUGUUUUCUUUGAGAAGAGAGAAAAUACUGUUCAAUUUCUGAUGAAUCUGUUCCCUGCAGCAUCAGAGCUUGACACAAAUACAGGAAAGAAUUACACUGAACUAUUAACAUCUGUGUGCAACUACACAACUUUUCCUUAUGAUGUAGAAUAUAAUGAUGAUUUUGAGGAUUGGAUUGAACGAUAUGAUAUUCUGCUGGAUCUGUACUCACAUGUGAAGGACUAUGAGAGUGAAACAGGCAGGAGUGUCCUACCAGCAUUACAGUCAUUGUAUCGUUCACCUGCAGUCUGGACCAUAGACCUAUCAAAAACAAAGACCUCCAUCCUCCUAGAAGUGCUGAAAAUCCAAACAGAGAAGAAACCAGUAAAGCUAGUAGACUGGACAGAUGAUGAGAAUGAAGUGAGAGGAUUCAUCCAGUGUCUGCCAUACAUCUCAAACCUGAGAUUUGAUCCAUUUUCCUGUCAGCGUGAGCCUGAAAAGUAUUUCCAGUUCCUUGUGAAUCUUUUCACAGCAGCAUCAGAUUGUGAAACAGAUACAGAAUUAAAUUACACCGAACUAUUAACAUCUGUGUGCAGCUACACAUCUUUUCCCUCUAAUGAGCGAUACCUUCAUGGUUAUCGGUUUCAUUCACUUCAAUCUGUUUUUCUGCUGGAUCUGUGUUCACAUGUGAAGGACUAUGAGAGCCAAACAGGCAGGAGUGUCCUACCAGCAUUACAGUCAAUUUAUCAGUCAUCUCCUGCAGUCUGGAUCAUAAACCUCUCAGAGAGAAAGACCUCCAUCCUCCUGGAAGUGCUGAAACUCCAAACAGAGAAGAAACCAGUAGAGCUGAUAGACUGGAUAGAUGAUGAGAGUGAAGUGAGAGGAUUCAUCCAGUGUCUGCCAUACAUCUCACAACUGAGAUUUGAUCCAGAUUUUUGUAAGGAAAAGACUAAAAAGUGUUUCCAGUUCCUUGUGAAUCUGUUCACGACAGCAUCAGAUUGUAAAACAGAUACAGGAAUAAAUUACACUAAACUAUUAACAUCUGUGUGCAGCUACACAUUUUUCCCCUGUGAGGACAGAAACCUUAAUCUUUAUCAGUUUAACCCUGUUCAAUCUGGUUUUCUGCUGGAUCUGUACACAUAUGUGAAGGACUAUGAGAAUCAAACAGGCAGCAGUGUCCUACCAGCAUUACAGUCAAUUUAUCAGUCAUCUCCUGCAGUCUGGACCAUAAACCUCUCAGAGAGAAAAACCUCCAUCCUCCUAGAAGUGCUGAAACUCCAAACAGAGAAGAAACCAGUAGAGCUGAUAGACUGCACAGAUGAUGAGAGUGAAGUGAGAGGAUUCAUUCAGUGUCUGCCAUACAUCUCACAACUGAGAUUUGAUCCAUUGUCCUGUCAGCGUGAGCCUGAAAAGUGUUUCCAGUUUCUGAUGAAUCUGUUCACUGCAGCAUCAAAUUGUGAAACAGAUACAGUAAUAAAUUACACUGAACUUUUAACAUCUGUGUGCUGCCACACAACUUUCCCCUGUGAGGACAGAAACCUUCGUGGUUUUCAGUUAAACAUUGUUCAAUCUGGUUUCUUGCUGGAUCUGUGCUCGCAUGUGAAGGCCUAUGAGAGUAAAACAGACAGCAGUGUCCUACCAGCAUUACAGUCAAUUUAUCAGUCAUCUCCUGCAGUCUGGACCAUAAACCUCUCAGAGAGAAAGACCUCCAUCCUCCUAGAAGUUCUGAAACUCCAAACAGAGAAGAAACCAGUAAAGCUGAUAGACUGGACAGAUGAUGAGAGUGAAGUGAGAGGAUUCAUUCAGUGUCUGCCAUACAUCUCACAACUGAGGAAUGCUGAGCGGUAUAUCCCAUCAGUGUGUAAAGUGUUUGGUCCUAAAGUGAAUAGAGAUGAGGUGACUCCUCUGCUUCAGGCUCUGGGGUUUACAGUCACUCUGAGUGGAAAAUUACCCAGCAGCACCUGCAGAUGUGUGGGGAGAGUGUUGAGUCUCUCAUCCUCAAAACUAAACCUGACUCUAAAGCCACAAGCAAUCUCUAUCAGAGGUGUUAGACGACUCUUCAGACACAUCACACACCUACAGAAACUCAGUCUUGAAGACAGAAUGGUGAUGAUGAUGAUCAGAGCACUGAGAUCAUGUAAUGGUCGUUCUUCACUGAUCAUAGAGGAACUUUCAUUGAUCACAAAAGACUCAAAACAAAAUCACUGUAGGAUUGUGAGCAGCUUAACUUCUCUUCUGAGACGACUGUCUGUUCAACGUCUGGAUCUUACUGAAUGUAAAAUAGAUGCUGUGUCUGUCACUGCCAUGUUGUGUCUUCAGGGACUCCAGACUAUCAGAUUGUGUAAAGAGACUCUUCAGCAGCUGGUUUCAGUUGUGUCCGAAGCACAGGAUGAUGAACUGACGCGCUGCUUUCUGAAGAAGGUGUCUGAAGAUCUGAGGUCCUGUCACACAUAAAGACAUGUUUAAAGAGCCACACAGAUCCAAAAUCGAAACUGACCUGUUUUGCAGUGUGUCAUGUAGCUGUCCAUCAAUGUAAACAAUGUGCAAAGUAGUUGAUCCAAAAAGUGCACGAUUAAUAAAGUUAAUGGCUUCUAAAGUAGGGAGUCGACUCUGAAUCGCUGAAACGAGUCGUUAUAUGGAUUGAAUCUCCUGCCUGUCUUUAUCCACGUCACAUGAACACUUUGCAUAAUAUAAUCUCCCCCAACAGCCUUUCCCGAGAGAAACGAAAACUAUGAACUGCCCACAGAGACUUCACCUAGUUAGUGUGUAAACAUCAUAUCACGCUGUGUUUUCAGUUUGUGUUGUUUUCACUACCAAAUGAAGAUAUGAAGAAUCAGUGAUUAAAAUUACUUUUUCAAGGAAAAAAAAUACCCAUAUGGUUCAGUACCCACUUUAUUUGGAACAACAUGCGUCUCCUAACCACAACCUGUAAGUUACAUACUUGCUUAAAUGAGUGUAAAAUGUAAGUUUCUGUCGUCCUUUUAUCGCUUGGAUUAAUGAUGAAUAAUGUCGUUGUUAAACUCUUUCUAUACUGUCAGAGAGUCACGUUAGCAAGUGGCUAACGCAUGUGCACUAACUUAAGGGUUUACAUUUUUGAUAUGGUCCGGUUAGCAUACCUAAAUGCUUAAAUGAGUGUAAAACCGUUAGUUUCUAUCGUCGUUUUUAUUGCUUGGAUUAAUGAUGAAUGAUGUGUAUUGA